AUUAUUUACAGGCAGGAUUGAUGUUUGAAUUAUCUCAGGAAGACUUUUUUCCACUGCAUCCAUCAGUCAACUGAAAGACAUUAGUUAAACAGAAAAUGACCACCAACCCGUAUCUGGACUCGGGUCCUUUUUUCAUCCACGAAGAGGGAGUGAGGAAACUUCCUCUACCUGGCCGAUCAGAUGUGAAGCCCCAGUAUGUUCAUCAUCUGGCCCUGAAACCUCCACCUGAGAUUAGCCACUCCACCCCCAAACGUAAAGAUGUAAAACAGAGGUGUGUUAAGUUCACUGUGGCUGCUGUGAUCUGUCUGCUGCUCCUUCUGCUGUUGGCUGGAAUCCUCCUCGCUUAUUACUUUUCCUCGCCCUGUGCACAUGGGAUGCAGUGUGGUGAUGGGAGCUGUGUGUGGGAGUCCCAGUGGUGUGACGGAGUGAAAGACUGUCCAGCAGGCCAGGAUGAAGCUAACUGUGUGAGGCUCCAUGGCUCCAGCUUCCUCCUGCAGAUCUACUCGACUCAGACCAAAAACUGGAGGACUGUUUGUUCUCACGGCUGGACCGACCAGCAGGGCAGGGCAAGCUGCCGGACCAUUGGAUACAGCAGGAGCACAUAUUUUAAAUCAGGCCAACAGAAGACUGACUCUGGUGAUGGAUUCUUAAUGGUGAAGUCUGAUUUCAACCCGGAGGCAUUCAUACUGCGACAGCUUGUGCUCAGCAACACAUGUCCCAACAACAGUGUGGUUACACUGCGUUGUACCGAUUGUGGGAGCGGAGUGAACUCCAGCAGGGCCUCUCGGGCACAGAUGGCUUCCCUCGGUUCCUGGCCUUGGCAGGUCAGCCUCCAAGUUGCGGGCUCACACCGCUGUGGAGGAGCCAUCAUCUCCCCCUACUGGAUAGUGACUGCAGCUCACUGUGUGGCCAGGACCUCCAGUCCCGGAGACUGGACAGUGUAUGCUGGGAUAGUGGAUCCAUUAGGCACUCUGUUUAACCCUGCUUACUCUGUGAGUCGUAUCAUAGCCCACGAAGGCUACAACAGCCUCACUCGCAGGAAUGACAUCGCUCUGAUGAAGCUCACCAAAGCUCUGGACAUCGCAGCCUCCAGUAAAAUCGGACCUGUGUGCCUCCCAAAUGUUGGUCUAAACUUCAGUGUUCCUGAGAAGGGCUGGAUUGCACGAUUUGGUCGCCCAGAAAAUGACUCUGGCUCUCCGUACCUGAUGGAGGCUCAGGUGUCUCUCAUAGACACUGCAAAGUGCAACAGCUCCAUCAUUUACAAUGGCAGGAUAUCACAGGACAUGUUAUGUGCCAGAGAGAUGGAAGCAGGUUCGGACAGGUGCCAUACUGACAGCGGCGGCCCGCUGGUGUCCCUGAAAGAUGGACUGUGGUGGCUCAUAGGGGACAGUGUUUGGGGGGAACACUGCACCGGGCAGAACAAACCAGGUGUUUAUGGCAACGUCACAUAUUUUCUGGACUGGACCUACCGUCAGAUGAAGAAACAUCAAGAUAAGUGAUAACAGGACCAAAGAUGACAUGUUUGUGUUUACUUUUUUUUUUUUUUUUUUUGGUUAAGUGUGCAGAAUUUAUUUCUUACAUUACUGCACCUUCAUAAUUUCUAUCACUGUUAAUGCAGACUUGGGUUUUGCUCAAAUUAAUGUGAUAAGCUCCAUCUUUUCAUAUGAUCUCUUUAAAACUGUUUUUAUGCUUAUUUAUGUGAAAUAUGUUGUUAUUUCAGACUGUAUAAAUAUGAGUGUAUUUUUUCAUUUAAUUGUAAUGUUUGAGCCUGUAAAGGAAAAUACCAUGUGUCAACACAAGAUGUCACUCACAAACCACACCUAGCUGGUUCCCACGGACUCCCCAAAAGAAAGUUUGCUCCUGAGUAACCUUUCAUGACAAAAAAAAAAAAAAAUUUAAAAUGAUUUACAUCAUUGAUUUGGUCACCAUUUGUUUUAUUUACAGCACAAGUAGAAUUUUGGCACGGAAAAAUACACUUAUAAAUAAGCGAACAUUCAAAGAUUCAAGUGUACCUUUAAAUUUGACAUUUUUUCCAACUUUAAUUUUGGAAGACAGUGACAUGUUAGUGCAGCUUGAGUCAUUUCACUCAAGGCAAAUACUCAGAGCUAAAGAGCACAAAUCUCAGACUGAUUGUGCAGCACAGUCUCAGUGGCCUCAACACGUUUCAUGUGAUGUAUCACUGACUUCUACGUAUGAAGCUGUCACUAGUGUCGACAGACCGUUGAAGGGCAUUUUAUAACUUUUUAUUGCCAACACGUCAUUGAGCUUCAGGUACGAAGCUAACUGCAGUCCACAGGAACCCAAGUGAUGCAUGUGUUUCCAGUGUGUCAGUUUGAUUCGUAUAAAAUGUGAAGAAUAAGUAUGCACCUUAAAACAUCUAGUGACGAAAAAGAAAAUAUUUGGAAUAAUAAUGCUAUCACAUUCAAAUAAAUUUAAAUAUAAACUUGGGUGUAUACAGAAUUAGUAAAAUUACAUUAACACAACAAAUUACAUAACAGAUCCUGAACUAUUGAACUUUAACUUCAUAUUACACUUUUGAUUGACUUAAGAAAAAAAAAAGUGCAAUUCAGCAGAACAAGUCUCAAAUUGUUCGUAAAGCUGUAUCAGCAGUCGACUGAGACUUAAAGGCACUACAGGCAAUGUAAACAUGGGUAAUAUUCUUAUUAGCAGUGAUUGAUUGAGAAGCUUUUCCCCUGGACUUCAAUAGACACAUAUAUUAAUUUGACUCCAUAGACUGGAGGUUAACUUCAAAGUACACAAAGGCACUAGAAAGUGAGUCGGCAUUAGAUCUUCAAAAAAAAACAAUAAAGCUAAAAGAAAGAUCUGUUGGUAGUUGUUCAUAUGUCUGAGUAAAGGCACAUUUUAAGAGGUUGUAUGUCUUUAGAGUUUAAUAACAAAAAGUUUGGCUGGAAAUUACAACUUGUAAUGUUUAAAUUGUUCAAGAAUGCACCAGUGUUUGUUGACCAUGUAGUGUUCCUGUACUCCUCCACCCACAGUCUUAUGAUUAUCAAUAAGGGAGAAACUCCACCCUUAGAUAUUCUUAUACUGCUAUGCGUCAUUGCUGGUGUGGUGUGUGUCAGGAAUUAAUUUGUGAUAAAGUGUUUCAUAGUUUGGUUCA